AUGUCUUUAACCAUGCGACCUACACUUCUACCACAAUGCACAUCAUGCCUACGACGCAUCAGCAGCCUGGGCCUGCAGGAAUGGCGUAGCGGACAGCAGGUUCGCGGCAAGAANAAGAUGGCACACGCUCCCACCACCGUCACAGUCCGACUUACCAAGGACGUACCGACUUUUGGUCGCAAGGGAACUUACAUUCCCAUUUCUAUUGGCCGCAUGCGCAACGAGUUCUUCCCGACAAGGACAGCCGAAUAUGUGACGCCCGCGCAACUGAAGGAGAUGAAGGCGAAGAACAUCACUGCCGAGCGAGACUUCCAAUUUGGUGUACCUGAUCCAGCUGCGGUCAGGGCCAUUGAGCAACAGUCUCAGCGCUCAGCCACACGUACUGUUGAAGUUGAGAAGUUGGCGGUAAGUCUUGCUAGUAUACCAACUGGUUUUGAGCGUCGUGCUGACGAAGCCCACAACAGNCCCAAGCGCUCGAUCGAACUUCUCUCUAUGCUUCUUCCUCCAGUCAUGGACUUCCGACGCAGACCUCAGGAACCUGUUGCUCCUGCUCCCGAAACACCAGCCGCUCCCGCGAAGAAGGAACGAGGCUUCUCCAACGCUGCUGCAGAUCUUCUCGCAGCACAAGCUGCUCCCGCUACAACUUCUUCUACCUCUGCAACACCAAUCUUCGGUACUGUCUCGAAUGCCGACGUCGUCAGCAGAAUUACCCACCUUCUAUCCGAGAACCAAGAAGCCUCGCGAAUUGUCCUGAGUGCAGAAGAUGUCAAGUUUGUCAACCUUUCGUCACAAACAGCUGCCGAAGCCGACAAGAUCAGACAUCUGGGAGAAUACAAGGUCGAGGUCAGAGUUAAAGGAGGAGAAACAGCUGUUGAGAGACUCGUCCGUGUAGUACCCAUCGAGACCGAUAGUGCCACUGUUUAA